ACCCCGAAAUUCUGAAUCGUAAUAGACGCGCGUUGGUGAACUCGACCUGGCCCUUCGCUCUCCAGCUGAUGGAUGGUGAUGGAAGACCAGAAGAUCAUGGCGGCAAGACUCCAAUAGUCCAAACCAAACAAACCUGAUGGCAGUUGAAUGGAAGCCUUUCCUUUUAUCCGUUUCCUAAACCUUUUUCCUAGUAGCUGUUAAAAAGGACAGAAGAAAACGGCUUAUUUCCUACUUCUCUAGUGGACUGAGGACCCACCCCCUCCAUAUUCUAGACUUCUGCGAAUUCUCCAUAUUCUAGACGUGCGCAUAAAUAAACCAACAACAGAGUACACGCGCCAUUAGAUCGAAGCAUCGGUUUCUCUCUUCCAAUAGAACCCUAGAUAAUCAGACGCUCUCACGGCGACAUGGGUUGCUCCUCUUCUCUUCCGGAUAGGACGACUUCUGGACGGUUGGAUAGUUUGAAUUCUCAGGUUGUCGGAGCAACCGAGUCAAAAAAUGCGAGAGUGAAGCUGGUGCUGCUGGGGGACUCUGGUGUUGGUAAAAGCUGUAUUGUUCUUCGCUUUGUCCGUGGACAGUUUGAUCCAAAUUCCAAGGUGACUGUUGGAGCUUCAUUUUUGUCACAGACAAUAGCUUUGCAUGAUUCUACAACUGUAAAAUUUGAAAUUUGGGACACUGCAGGCCAGGAAAGAUAUGCUGCUUUGGCACCCCUUUACUAUCGAGGAGCUGCUGUUGCAGUUGUUGUAUAUGAUAUAACAAGUCCUGAGUCAUUCGACAAAGCUCAGUACUGGGUUAAGGAAUUACAAAAGCAUGGGAACCCUGAUAUUGUCAUGGCUUUGGUAGGCAACAAAGCUGAUCUUCAUGAGAACCGUAAAGUACCCGUUCAAGAUGGUGUGGACUAUGCAGAGAAGAAUGGGAUGUUCUUUAUUGAGACAUCUGCAAAGACAGCAGAUAAUAUUAAUGAGCUGUUUGAGGAAAUUGCUAAACGUUUGCCCCAAGUUUCCUCUUCAUGAUUGCAGAUGGAAUAUCAAUUGUACUACAGAAGUACAGAGUACAGAACUUAUAUGUCCUACAACUUAAUUGUAAUAUAGAAUUUGUUUAUAGUGUUUAUCACCCUGUGAUCUUUGUUCUAUAUUAUGCUGGGGGUUUUCUGUUGGAUUUGACCAUUAGAUAAAGAUGUUAGAUGUGCAUUAUACUAAACAAGGGACUGUAUGUAAGCAUAGGUUAUUUGUGAUGUCUAAUGCAGAAUACAGAGAAAAAGAAACCAGUCCUUGCAAAGUUCCCCAA